GCUGUUAUUUAUAUUAGAAUCACAAUACGUGACCCUGUGUUUUGACUAAAUGGUAAUGAGUGUGCGUGUAAUUAGUGCUGUUCCCGCCCUCUCCUCACGCACACACGCACGCGCACGCACGCCGGCAGAAGCGGUGUUAGUUCAGUCAGUGAGUUUGAGUGAAUCAAACCCGGUUCGGAUUCUCUGCACAAAACACGCGUUUGUUUGAGCUUCGUUCGCGGAUUCUUCUGGAAAAGUUCACCGGCUUUGUGGAUGAAAUGUUUGUGUCCGUGGCUUUGCUGAUUUUAAUUCAGAGUGCGGCUGUGGUCCCUGUCACCGUCACCAGCCGCAGUCCCCAAGUGCAAGUUGAAGAGUUCUCUGAUGCUGAGCUCUCCUGUGAGUUCAGGACAGAAAAAGACAAUAAUCCUCGCAUCGAGUGGAAGAAGAUCGACAAGGAUGUGUCCUUCGUUUAUUAUGGCAGCCGUUUCGUAGGGCCGUUUCAGGGCCGCGCAGAGAUCGAGGGGGCGACGGUGCGGCUGCGCAGAGUGACUCAGGCCGACGCUGGCAAAUUCCGCUGUGAGGUCAGCGCUCCGCAGGACAGCGUCACGCUGGGAGAGACCAACGUCACGCUGACAGUGCUGGUGCCUCCGCAAAUGCCGUCGUGCGACGUGCCCAGCUCGGCUCUGACGGGCUCUCAGGUGGAGCUGCGCUGUAGGGACCAGCACAGCAUCCCGCCUGCCGUCUACACCUGGUACAAAGACAACCGUGCUCUGCCCAUCCGCCAGCCCAACGCCACAUACACCAUCGACGAGUUCAGCGGCGUACUGACGUUCCAGACGGUCAGCAGAGCCGAUACGGGUCAGUAUUACUGUGAGGCCAGAAACAGGGUGGGAUCCAGCCAGUGCCCGGGGACACACAUGCAGAUCGAUGAUCUGAACGUGGCGGCGGUGAUCUCUGGAGUGGUUAUUCUGGCUCUGCUGGUGUUGCUGUGCGCGUUCGGAGUGUUUUACGCCCAUCGGCACGGAUACUUCAGCCGACACAGAGGAAGGUCGUUUUGGAUCCCGCAGUGUCACGGCGCCGCUCACAUUAGCAGCCAGAACCUCCACAGAACCGAACACACUCAAAAUUCAGGCUACAGUCAUCCUCCCAAAGAAGAUUUCAAGCACACUCAGUCAUUCAUGCUGUGAUGUGAAACCACGGACGGACGGACGGAUGGUGAUAGUUGUGAUUGUAGUGACACUGGAACAUGAAGAAUCCGGCUGCAGCUGGACAAACAGUAACAUUUGCUCUUUCCUGCAAUAAUGAUCCUCCAAAGGCCUCCAAAAUCCAGCUGCUGCGAGAGCCGGUCUCAUGUGGUUUUCUGAUCAAUGUUGUACUGAUGUAAGAACACGGAGCGCCUCCUGCUGGUGAAUCAUCAAAUGAACUGAAUAAAUCUGAGCGACCGAAGCGCCUUUAAACGAGCUCGAAAGAGUCAGAUUGAUGUUUGACACACCGUGCCUUUAUUUCAACUCAAUCAUGUCUGUAUCUACUGCGUGUGAUGACGGGAAUCAUGGGAUGGGCUGAAUUAUUGUAUAUUUUAUCAAUAUUUGUUUUUUUUAAUAAAAAUAAAUGCAUUUUUGUCUGA